AUGUCUAUGAAACUUGGACCUUCUCCAGGAAAGUGCCCAAGGUAUGAUGGAAGGGAUCGCCAGGAGCAUGAUAGACAUUUCAAGAAUCAGGAAUAUCGUUCUGCUUUUCAAAACAAACCUGGGCGACGUACUUCCGAGAAGUCACGGUCAAGUUUAAGAAGUCCCUCCGAAGAGAUACAAACAACCACUGAAGGCCUGCUCUUUGCCACACAAACGGAUCAAUCUAUGACUUAUCCAAUUUACCGAUUUUAUAAUCCCACGUCGCGUGGUUACUUGAGCGAUCAGAAGAAAACCCAUUUGGUUUGUGCAAAUAACAGGAAUCCUCUUGAUGCAUACGUUGAAUGGGAAUGGAUCGCUUUUGAGAGUUACCCUUUUGGCUAUUUACGAAAUCAUCAGUCGAAAAGAUAUCUGUGCUUCAACGUUAACGGAAGACCAGUAAUGCUGAAACAAAUCCGCCACUUUUCCAAAUGCCUUUUACGAAUUAAUGUCGCCCUGAAAUCUGAUCGGCCUCAUCGGAAACUGGUGAAUGACGAACAGAGGUCCCCACAGAACAUGCAACAAGAAGUUGUGGGACGCUCUGGGGAGAUUACUUGGGGAGUUGUUUCGAAACGGACUAAUAUACACCAAGCCUUGUUGUUGAAGGAAGAACAACCCCUUACCACUGGCACGUUACGUCAGUCAGAACGUACGUUAAACCUCCCUGAACGGACACAUCCGCCGCAAAUUUCUCUGCCGCAGUUCAUGUGGCUGACCACGGCUAAGCACUUGCCUGAGUGGAAGCUUUUAUUCUGUCCAAAUGGGAUGCCUUUUGCGCAUUAUCGGCCUCAUCACAAGCGAUGCAGGCACACUGAUUUGAGUGGAAACUCCCAGCAGUUAAUCAUGUGUCCAAGGAUUCCUUCGCGCUGCCGGUUGGCCUGUGCCCCCCACAUUUUCAAACAGGAAAUAAAGGCCGGUGAACUGCAAUGCGACAUGAAGUGUCUCCAGGCAAUAUCUUGCAGUCCAGUAGCAACAUAACCGAUUUCCACUUGUUUUAUUUCCUCCUCCUGGAAUACGUUCCUGCUCCGAGUAUCGACAGUUGUAACACGGGUAAAAAGUUCAUUGUGUCCAAGAAAAUCCCAACGUAUUCACGUUCGUAGGGUUAUCCUUCCGUCUACCUCCACGCUUAAGCUUACAACGUUUAGUCAGAAUCAGGUGUACAGACUGACGUUUCCACCAGUGGAGGUAUGUCAGACCUAUUGCACUCAUUCCAAAUUCAGAUUUCCUGUCUUGGAACUGCAGUUGAGUAUGGCGAAUAAUGUGUUCAUACGGGGCAAGUGGUGCCCUUGCCACACAAGUUAUCCCAUCUAGUCCUUAUAGGAUUUUUAAAGUGUUUGCCAAUAUUUUGUAUUUCCUUUUUGGACCGAGCUUCUCCAGACCAAAUGUACGAUUUUCCGUAACGUCUAUCUUUUCAUUGCGAAUUAAUAAAUUAGUAGUCC